AUGGCGCGGGCCGCCGCCGCGGGCGCCGCGUGGGUCGCCGUCCCAGGGCACGAGGAGGCCGGCGCGGGCCUCGCCCCGCCUCAAGGGCCGCCACGCCGCUGCGCCGGAGGGGCCCGGCUCGCCACCGCCGCGGGGCUCGCCCUGGCCUGCGCGGGCGGGCUGCUGGCCGCGCGCGCGGCCGCCCCCGCCGCGGCCCGGGCGCCGCGCGCCGAGGCCGCGGGCCCCGCCCCGGAGGCGCUGGUGGCGCUCGCGGCCGGCCCGGCCCCGUCGGGGCCGAAGCUGCAGCUGCCGCGCCUGCCUCCGGAGCCCGUGUGGGUGAACAGGGGGUGGGGCGCCCCGGUGCCGACGGUGGACUUGUCUGCCCUGCCAGGUUUUGCGGCCAGGGAGGCCGGCCUCUGGAGGAGGCCUCCCGGAGCGGCAUCGAGGAGGCUGGCGUCUGGACCUCAGGAUUGCUCCGCGCGCAUCAAGCGCUUCGACGUGCUGGGGAGCCAAGACAUGCAGCAUGGUCCCGACCCUAUGUUCGAAGCAGGCAGGCACUCGAUCGCUUCGCACCACGACAACUGCGGGGACACAGCACAAGGCAUUCACGAGGCGUGCUCGAAAUUCAACCACUGGGCCACCUUCGAAGAAGUCGCGCAUCGGCAUGGCACACCGUUCAUGGUUUUUGGCCCACAGCAUGUGCAGUACCACGAUAUUGGCCAAGGACAGCUGGGGACCUGCUACUUUCUUGCUGCGGUUGCUUCUGUUGCGUACUCUGACCCGCAGGUCAUCGACAACAUGUUCGUGGAUCGGGAGAAGUGGGACCAUAACAUCUUCACGACAAGGUGGAUGCUCAAUGGCAAGGUGAUGCUGGUGGAGGUAGAUGACAUGAUCCCCGCUCACGAUGGUGUCCCCUUCUUCGUACGUCCAAGCCACGAGGGGGAGUUCUGGCCAGUGAUUCUGGAGAAGACCUGGUCGAAGAUCUUCACCAGCUUCAAAGCUGCAGAGGGUGGCUUCUGGGAGAACGUCGUGGGCGCGAUCACCCGCGCACCGACCCGCAGGCACCUCCACAGCGACGUGACACGGGAAACGAUCUGGGAAAUCUUGUCGGAUGGCACUGCUCGCAAGUUCCCCAUGGCAGCUAGCGCGUGCAGUGGCGCGGAGAAGUUCGGCAUGGCCCCUGGUCAUGCGUAUUCCGUGUUCCGGGCUUUCCAUUCGCCGGAAUACGGGGACGUCGUGGAGGUCUUCAACCCGUGGCACAGAGAUCACUACAAUGGUGCAGUCCCUAACGAGGAUCACGACGACGGUAGCUUCACAAUGACAUUGGCAGAGUACUACCAAGCAUUCGACGCAACAUCCCUUGCAGCGUUCCGAACGCACUAUGUGAAUUCUUACAGGGUUAUCCAGAGAGAGUCCCAGAGCAAGGCUAGCGUCCUGGAGUUUGAAAUGCCAGAUGACGAUGUGUUUUAUGUGUCUUUAAACUGGCCUUCUCAGCGUAUGGUCAAGCCUUGCCAAAUGAAGGACCCCAAGGUCACGCUGGCGGUCGCAAAGAUAGAGGCAGGAAAGAUGGAGAAGCCAGUGUUUGGCGAUCAGCCCAGUUAUGGCAUUAACAGUGCCACUGCGAAGAUAACUCUGGGCGCAGGCAAGUACGUUGCAUUUGCAUCCGCGGACUUUCCGGAUGGUGACUUCAUCGACCAGGUUGUCUUUGCAGUGUACGCGGCCUCAGAAGUUAGCAUCGAUUCGACAAACGACACGGCGCCCGAUGUUGGACUCAGGAUGUUUGGCCCCGCUGGCGGCGCGCGUUGCGAUCAGGUGACGGUGAACGGGCGGGGGCUGUUCACGAAGAGGCCGGACAGAAUGUACGGGGGCAUCCCAACGUAUUGGAGCUUCGAUGGGAAGGAGUUUGCAUAUUUCGUUGCAAGUUCCGAGAAGUGGUCGGUGGUUACCCGAGACCGUUGGACAAGUGUGCAGAAGGGUGAGCUCUGGCACGUGGCACAGAUUCCCAGGUCUGACCUCGCUUGUGGCUGUUCCGACUCACCUGGGGGCGUGGCAGGUUUUCGGGAUGUCUCGUGCAGUGACGUCAAGGAGCCCUACCCGAAGUAUUCGAACGUGAAGUGCACGGGUGAGUACGCGACCCAUGUGCAAAGGUAUUGCCCAGGUACGUGCGGACCGUUGGAUGUUUGUGCCUCGUCAUCAACUUCGUCUCCAGGACCAGAGGAUCCCACGUCGAGUGCCACGACUCCCGCCCUAAGGCUCACUUGCCUGGAUCAUGAGCAGACGGGUAUAACAAUCAACGAUGGGCAAAGCACAGCCACGUGCGACGAGCUCCGGUCGUAUUGCUUCGUGUUUGAGGCAGUCCAGUCGAAGUGUUGCAAGACAUGCGAACGCGAGGCCGAGCAGGCGGAGAUCACCGACGGCAGCGACGCAGGCGGAGGCGAGUGUCACGAUGACGUAGGCUUCAGGUUCACCGUCAACGGGCUGGAAUUGGGGUGCGGCCAGGCGGGCCGUUAUUGCGAGGACCACGAUUCCGUGCGAGAGUUGUGCUGCCAAACAUGCAAGCAGCAGUUGGAGAACAACAUCAACGAGAUAUGCUUCGAUGACCCCGAGCCCGGCAUCGUAGCACAAACGCUCGGGGCGAACACUUCCUGUGCAAACCUCAAGGAGUUCUGUUUCAUGGAGACUGUCCAGGACGCAUGCUGCAGGACAUGCAAAGGAACGUCCAGCUGGACCUGGACCCGGACCUUGUGGACGCCGUGGCGGUAA